AUCGUCCGCUUGAUGUUUUAUUGUGUUACAUACUUGUAGUAUAUGCUUGGCUUUGAUCGUUAGCUGUUGUUGCGUGAACCCGAUAUCACGCAAACAAACAAAAAUUAUAUUAUGUCGUCGUCGCCUGACACUUUAUUAUGUUUUCAGCACUGUGAGAAAGUGAACGUAUUCUGCUUCACGAUACCAUUCAGUUGUCCUGUAUGCAGAAGUGAUUUGUCUGGCACAGACAUGACAAUACCACCUUUUCGAAUACCAAGUCCCCUGACGUGUGAACCAAACAACUUUAGCCUGUUAAUAAAGCCAACAUUUGGGAGUUUCACAAGGGAUUUCAAACGAGGUGAUUUGUUGCACAUAGCACUCUCCAACUCAAAGAGCAUGAUUUUUGAAUUCAAUGAAAAUGGAAUAACCUCUUCUAGUGCCAGUUCACAUUUGAAUUGGACAAAUUUUCUUUCCAUCAGUCUUUCUGCACUUCCUUACAGAUUUAAGGAUCUAGAUAAAAUUCUGGAGACUACCAAGUUCAUGGAUAUUUGGGCUCCAGACAGGUAUGAUGACUCAUUUAACAACUGCUUCGACUAUGUGAUAUCCGUGUUAAAUGCGUCUCUCCAGAAUCCGAGUUUUAAACUGACGAAGCUUCAAUUGACUCAAGACGUCAUUUCUCCAGCUAUUAAUAAAACUAUACGUUUACUUUCUAUCAUCAGAAAUGUUUUAGAUAAUGGUUUUUUCCUCCAAAGUACUCUUGUCGAGCCGGCGAUAAGCAGUUGACGUCCUAAUAACAGCC